CACCAUCCUCCGACGAUCUCUCCUUUUGACUUCACUUCAACUUGUCGCGCAGUCCUCUCCUCCUCUUUGCUCCUUCCCUUUUCCCUCUCAAAAACCUCAAGCGAACAAUCAAUCGUCGUUUCCACUGCCAUAAAUACGACAAUAUCAGUCUACUCCCACCCCCCGCCCCAUACCAGGAAAGCCAAGUUCAGGCGAGGCUUCACUGCAUAAUCGACCGCUUUUCGGAUCAUCCAGCCUCUUUCCCUUGAACGACAAUAUGUUUGGCUUCGGACGUCUGGGUCAUAUUGUGUUUGACCUUCUAGCCAUAUCUACUAUUUUAGCCGGGGUCAAGAAAUCAACUGGCUAUUCCAUCCAGACGUCUCUUUUUACAGACACCGCCAUCCGUUCUUUCAUCGAUUCUUACCUUUCAGUAGGGGAGACAGUAUUUGGAAUGCUCAGCGGGUAUGCUGUCAACUCUCGGUAUUUUAAAAGGAAUAUUGAGUGAAAAGGAAUAUUGAGUGAACGGAAUAUAUGGCCUGCAGAGUUAUCUGAGGCGAGAAGAAGAACGUAGCUGGGUUAAGCAGGCUCUUCCAAAAGAACGUGGAAUUGGAUUAAUCCAGCUCUGUUGUUGUACGUAGUGUGUAUUUAUUAUAUCAUCAUGAGAAAAUGCGCAGUUACUAGCCGCAUAGGAUGAAGUUUUAUCUGUCGUCAUGAUUAUCCGGACAUGGAGUAGCUCAACACGUGCAUCACAACAAAUAAUUGAAUACAUAACAUUGUGUUCACUUAUCAGUGGAGCUAUCGAGACGAGGUGCUCUCGUCAUCUGAUAUAACGAUGCUAUUUCUAUCUCCUAUCUCAGACGUUGAAGCGCUGUUGGUAUUUUCGGUAGG